AUGGCCUCAUCCACUUCAGAGAAGCACCGCAUUGCGGUGCACGAGAAAAAACGGAAAGAAAUGAUGGAUGAGUUCGAGCGACAGAAGUCGGAGAUGACUCGUGAGACCGACCGCAAUCGAACUGGGGCGGAUCGUUUCGUCGGCAAAUCUGACUCGAUGGAAGAAAGUUUGAAGAUGCAAACCGUCGGUCUAGUCAAGCUAGAAGACUUUCAGCAGAAACGGCAGGCUCUGGAAGAAGAAAAGAUGCGCGAAGCGGCAAGAUCCAAUGAACUCAAGGAGGAUGAACCCAAAAAGAAGAAGAAAAAGAAGUCCAAGUACAAUCUUUCAUUCGCUAUGGACGAGGAGGAGGAAGUGACUGGAGCUACCGAUAAAGCUUCCGUAGAGAAACAAUCGACGACCUCAUCCAAGAAAGGCCAAUUUGGGAAAAACCCGGCUGUCGAUACUUCCUUCCUACCGGACCGGGACCGUGAGGAACUUGAUCGAAAAGAGCGCGAGGAACUCAGACAGAAAUGGCUCAAGAUGCAAGAAGCUAUCAAGCAAGAGGAUAUUGAGAUUACAUACUCUUAUUGGGACGGAACCGGCCAUCGGAAAGAGGUGACUUGCAAGAAAGGGGAUAGCAUCGCGACGUUUCUUGAGAAGGCCAGGACUCAAUGGCCCGAACUUCGUGGUGUCUCUGUUGCAGAUAUCCUAUAUGUCAAAGAAGAUCUUAUCAUCCCUCAUCACCACACCUUCUAUGACUUCAUAGUAAAUAAAGCAAGAGGGAAAUCAGGGCCUUUGUUCAACUUUGACGCUCAUGAUGACGUGCGCCUGGUUGCCGAUGCGACGGUGGAGAAGGACGAAAGUCACGCGGGGAAAGUCGUCACUCGGGCUUGGUACAACCGAUCAAAGCAUAUCUUUCCUGCUUCAAGAUGGGAGCCGUAUGUGCCUGGAAAGGACUAUGGUGCUUACAAAAUCAAAGGUUGA